CAGGAUGAAUAUGCUUGGGCUCUCGCACUUCUCAUUGUAUUUUGCGUACUUGUAUUCCUCUCACUGGUCAUCACACUACUUUGUUGGCUGUACAAUCGGUCCAAAGACAAACGCCAGAAGAAGCUUAUCAAUGAAUCCGUUGGCGGAGUGAGUGCAGCACCAUCACAGGUAAAUAUGGCCGGAUUAGAGAAUCGAAAUGAAGUCGGUUAUUAUCCAUACGUUGGUGGUCCUAACCAACUUUGA